AUGGUCAUUGAGGAUGUGGCCGUAGUCUUUACCCAAGAAGAGUGGGCUUUGCUGGGUCUUGAUCAGAGGAAAUUCUACAGAGAUGUCCUGACAGAAACGUUGAGAAACGUAGCCACAACAGAUGAGGGUUAUGAAUGUAAGGAAUGUGGGAAAGCAUUUAGUCUGUCCUCAACCCUCUCUACACGUAGACGAAUUCACAGUGGAGAAAGGCCAUAUGAAUGUAAGGAAUGUGGGAAAGCAUUUAGUCAGCCCUCAAACCUCUCUGUACAUAAAAGAAUUCACAGUGGCGGGAGGCCGUAUGAAUGUAAGGAAUGUGGAAAAGUAUUUACUCAACCCUCAAACCUCUCUGUACAUAAAAGAAUUCACAGUGGAGAGAGGCUCUAUGAAUGUAAGGAAUGUGGGAAAGUAUUUCGUCACCCCUCAAACCUCUCUGUACAUAAACGUAUUCACAGUAGAGAGAGUCUCUAUGAAUGUAAAGAAUGUGGGAAAGCAUUUAGUCGGCUGUCACACCUCUCUACACAUAAAAGAAUUCACAGUGGAGAGAGACCCUAUGAAUGUAAGCAAUGUGGGAAAGUAUUUCGUCAGCUAUCAACCCUCUCUAGACAUGAAAGAGUUCACAGUGGAGAGAGGCCCUUUGAAUGUAAGGAAUGUGGGAAGACAUUUAGAUGUUCCUUUUCCCUAUCUACACAUAAAAGGAUUCACAAUGGAGAGAGACCCUAUGAAUGUAAAGAAUGUGGUAAAGCAUUUAGUCAGCCCUCAAACCUCUCUGUACAUAAAAGAGUUCACAGUGGAGAGAAGCCCUAUGAAUGUAAGGAAUGUGGGAAAGCAUUUAGUCAGCCCUCACACCUCUCACAGCAUAAAAGAAUUCACACUGAACACAGGCCCUAUAAAUGUAAGGAAUGUGGAAAAGCAUUUAAUCAGCCCUCUAGCUUCUGUAUACAUAAAAGAAUUCACAGUGGGAGGCCCUAUGAAUGUAAGGAAUGUGGGAAAACAUUUAGUCAGCCCUCACAGCUCUCUGAACAUAAAAGAAUUCACAGUGGAGAGCAUUUAGUCCCCAUCAGUUUUCAACACAUAAAAGAAUUCACAGUGGAGAGGAGCCCUGUGAAUGUUAGGAAUGUGGGAAAGCAUUUGUUCAACACUCAGACCUCACUAGGUAUAUAA